CAAAAUUAAGUUGUCCAUUUUUCUGUUUAUAUAUAUGCUGAGCCUGCGGAUUUGAAGGAACAGUGGAGAAUACAAUCAGAAGCGUAGGCGAAGUCGGAAGCGGAGGGGAAAAAGAGAGGAAGCAUUCGAAUCGCCUCCCCCUUCUAUCGGAAAGAAAAUAACAGGAGAUCAUGGAGAAUGAAAUGCAUGAAGAUGAUCCUUUGGUGCUAAAGUGUCAACUCGAUCAAACAAGAACCAUGUUGAAGGAGGAAGAAAAACUAGUAGAGGUGACGGCUAUUGCAGAAUGCUCUCGUAGUAACUCCAAGGAGGAGUUAGAACUCCUUCUACGCCGAGUUAAAACUACCGCAACUUUGUUUACUUACCUGAAAUCUAAAGCUAGAAUCAUGGCAAUUCCUCAACUAGCACAUAUGUCAUGUGGGAUCAUAUACCGGGAGGGGAUAGGUUUUGUUGACAAGCAUGGUGUGCCUUCAUCUGACUGGUCUAAGGAUGAUGAUAUUUGUUCUUCUAAAGAUCCAGGUGGGGAAAUACAACUGGUAGAUACUCCCAAGUUAUCAUCUUUUGAUGCCACUGAUGGAUCAAACAAUAAUGAAUUGCUGAAUUCAGUACGUACUAUAACUGAUGUUAUGGAAUUCCUUGUUAAGAGAGUUAUCGUGGCAGAAACCGAUGCUGCUAAUCAGAAAGAACAAGUGAAGUUGGGUUUAGAGGAGAACAUAAAGAAAACCCUCCAAAUCGAGAUCAUGUCAGCAAGGGUUGAAGAGAUGGAAAAGUUUGCACUCGGUGCAAAUGGUAUUCUGAGUGAAAUGCGGCAGAAGGUUGAGGAUAUGGUUGAAGAAACAUCACGACAGCGUCAGCAAGCUGAAGACAAUAAGCAGGAGCUUCACCGCGUGAAGCAGAAUUUUGAGACAUUGAGAUCAUUUGUUAGAAGUCUCAUUAGUGUCAGAGAAUUCCUCCUUUCAACAGAGCAGCCAUUUCUAUCUUUCGAUGAGCUUUUUGACAGGCUGAUUGCAGAGAGUGCUCGGUUAGAGAACGAGAAGGUUCAGAAAGAGGCUGAAGUUCAAAAGCUCAUCGAAGAGAAUGCAAGACUCAGAGCUCUGUUAGACAAGAAGGAGGCCCAGUUGCUGGCCAUGACUGAACAAUGCAAGUUCAUGGCUCUAAGAAGUCCUGGAAUUUAGACAAUCAAAUCCUCGCAGCAUCGAAACCUAAGUCGCCUUUUCACUGAGAUACUUCAGAGAUAAUCCUGUGGAAAAAGGAGUUCUUCCCGAAACAAGUCUAGCGAAGGAGCCAUUGAUGUUGUUACCACACUGAAAUAGAUCCUAAAGCUCUAUGGUUCUUCGAUAUUUUUCGACUUCUCCUCGCCGAUAGACUGUGUUUAGAUACUGUAUUGUUGCGAUACUAAACCGAACUGUGCAUGAGAUCUACAACUGAGCUACCAUCAGUGUGACUUAGUCGUAUAUUUCAAAUGGUGCUCCUUGUGUCCAUAUACAUUCACUUGAGCAAAAUUAAGAUUUUUUAUAA